AUGCCAGAGCCCACGCCCCGGCGCCGCACCAUCUCGGAGCUCGACAUGAGCUCCAUGCGGCGCAUCAGCGACGCGCUGCUGCUCGCUCAGAAUCGUGCACGGCGCGCCACUGACCGCGCGAAUCGUGCCGAACACGCUCUGCGACUCGUAUUGGCCCAAGCGAAUCGCUAUCGACUCUGUCUCAAUGCACUAAUGGCCGAUCCAGACGUGCGUCGAGCGACAAUGGCUUCAACUUCGCUGCUGCUUAUGGACAAUGGACGAAGAAGAAGACGGCAACGACGACGACGACGACAAAGUCGAAGUGCUUCGAUGGACAGUACCAUAGUGGACGAGACGGCGUCCCGACCGUCGUCGCUGUGGUGUCAAGACGUCGCCAAAGAUGUGGUGCGCCAUUUGCAGCAGCACCUGACGCAGCAGAAGCGCUGCUUGGCGCUACUCUCGCGGCACGUUCCAGUCGUCAACGUCUCGCGCUGGAGCUAUCUCGACCAAUGGGGUUAUGGUCGUCCCGUCUACUUUGUCGCUGGCCUGUUGGCUGGUGUGGUUGCUGCUGGCAUUGUCGGGACCCACCAGUGGCAGCGGCACGUGCCAAAGCGUCAGUGGGGCAACAACACACCGUCGCUGCUAUGUCAGCUGGCGAGAUGGUGGAGCACCGCCGAACGUGGAGCUUCGGCCGCGGCGACAAUGCCGUGGCAGCUGAUUCCAGUGCCCAUGGACGAGUUUAGCUUCGUGAUGCACCCGGCAACGAUUGCGAUCGCGUGA